CACAAUUUGGUUGGUCCCUGUUUUUACUCAUCUGUUCCUGUUCCUUUCUUCCACACUGCCAAACCAGCUGAGUGCUUGAAUAGCGCAUUUUCUCAGUAAUAAGACACUCUUUGUUUAGUAAGCUAACGCACCAGCCUUUAUCUCGUACCCGAAACGUGACGCAUUCCAGCAAGCCAACAGCUGACAUUCCAAUCAUAGCAGAUACAGCUCUCAUUCACUCACUCACUGAAGAAGUGCGGAAGUAGGCACUAUUUAGGGUAAGUGUUGGCCACAAUGGGUCAGACUUGAAGUUCAUGCUGAAGGAAGAACAGCUGUGCUCCAGGACACUGGACAGUGCGCGCAUCUGGAUUCACCCUCAGUGAUGGCGCGCAAAAUUAAUCACAGGAGACAGGGAAGCAUUGAACUGUUGGAAGCUAUUGGGGUGGUGAAAAAGGAAAAUGGCACUGGGAGCCUUUCUAUGCUUCCUUUGCAGUCCCCAAAGUCCUUCGACUAUGUUCUGGUUGCCCAGGAAAUGGGUGAACAUACUGGAAAAGAGAGCUUCAGGAAGAAGAGGGAUUUCAUCAGAGCUUUGAAGGACAAGAAUUUACAGAUAAUGAAAAUUACUGAUGAUGAUAAAGUUUUUUAUGGGAUCACUGCCCCAAAAGAGAUCUUCGACACAUACAGACAUCUGCUUAAAGUGUCUGAUGCAUGUAACUGGAGCUGUGAGCAGCAGGGGAAUAUACCGCAGUCAACAAGGAUACGGAUAGUUGACUACAUUCUGCACCACACCAGCAUAGACACUGAUGGUGUUCCAGAGUAUCUGUCAGACCUGAUUAAAGACAAUGUAUUUCAGGCUCAGUUUUGUCUUCAUGAGAAAGAGGAACUGAAAGAACUGAGGAACAGUUGGGCUAGAUGGACUGCCUGUUUUACUGGACAGCCCAUAACUGAUGUAAGGCACUACUUUGGAGAAAAGGUGGCUCUGUAUUUCUUGUGGCUGGGCUGGUACACAUUUCUGCUCAUCCCCGCUGCUCUGCUGGGGGUCAUAGUCUUCCUUUAUGGCCUAUUUUUCUUUAAACCCAACCCUCUGAUACAGGAGGUGUGUGAAUCAGACACUAUAAUGUGCCCACUGUGUGAUAAGGGAUGUAAGGUCUGGCGGCUCUCUGAUACAUGCACAUAUGCAAAGGUGAGCACAUUGUUUGACAAUGAGGGAACAGUCGCAUUUGCUAUGUUCAUGGCAGUCUGGGCUACUGUGUUUCUAGAGUUCUGGAAACGCCACACAGCCUCAUAUGUCUGUGAGUGGAAAGUUUUUGACUGGUGUGAAGAAGAGGAGGAGCUGAUACUGGAGAUAGUGAAUAAUCCUAAUUGCAAGUCGAUGAAGUACAGCCACUCAUACCUGCGCAGUACACUAAUAAUGGUGUUAAUGACGCUCAUGUUGCUGCUGAUCAUUGGGUUGGCACAGGCCCUUGUGGUGUUCAGGGUAAUAGCCAGUGUAGAGUUUGCUAAGCACACAAAAUGGCCUUUUCUUUGUGAAAACAGCAGCACAGUGGCUUUCAUGCUCGGAGCAGUGCUGCACUACCUCACAAUAACCAUCAUGACUUGGGUCAAUCGCAGAGUGGCCCUGAAGUUAUGUGAAUUAGAGAAGGUGCGUUCACAUGCUGCUGUUGAGAGGAGCUUCACAGUGAAGAUGUUUACCUUCCAGUUCUUCACCCUUUUCUCCUCACUCAUAUACACAGCAUUCUUUCUUGGCAGGAUAAACGGACAUCCAGGUGGAUACGUGAGGAUAGCUGGAAUCUGGAGAUUAGAGGAGUGUCACCCUAGUGGAUGUCUGACUGACCUGUUCAUUCAGAUGGCCAUCAUCAUGCUGCUCAAACAGAUCAUCAGCAAUGUGUUUGAGUUUUCAGGCCCCUGGUUCAGACGGUGGCUGAAGAGGCGACAGAGUCGGAAGCUGAGGAAGAAGGUUAGACAGUGUUCAGCGAAGCACUGUAUGGAGGAUACAGGAGGUGCUAAUCUGUGUGACAACUGUAAGCUUAAGGACUUGCUCUGGAACUUUGACCUUAAUAAUGUGGACUCCUUCAGCCUCUUCAAUGAAUUCCUAGAAAUGGUACUCCAGUUCAGUUUCACCACCAUCUUUGUAGCUGCAUUUCCUCUGGCUCCUCUGCUCGCUCUGCUUAACAAUAUCAUUGAGAUCAGAAUGGAUGCCAUUAAAAUGGUCAGUCUGGAACGAAGACUGGUGCCCAGGAAGACUAAUGACAUAGGUGUUUGGACAGAUGUACUGGAAACAAUUGGUGUGCUAGCUGUCAUCGCCAAUGGUCUAGUCAUCGGCAUAUCCUCUGAUUUUAUCCCUCGGUUGGUGUAUCGCUACCGCUAUGGACCCUGCGCUCAUUCCAAUGCUAGUGGUGAUGAAUGUAUGUCUGGUUAUAUUGAUAACUCUCUAUCUAUCGCUAAUACAAAUGAUGAGAACAUCAAAAAAGAUUUUUUACCCCAACAACUCAUUCACAAUGGCAUGAAUGUGACACACUGCAGCUAUAGAGAUUAUAGGAGUAAUGAUGACUACACUUUGACCAAUCAAUUUUGGGUCAUUCAGGCAAUCCGCUUUGCCUUCGUCGUUCUCUUUGAGCAUGUGGUGGUGAUGUGUAAGUGCAUCGCAGGGUGGUUUGUCCCCAGUUCUCCCUUAGAGGUUAAAAAUACAAGGCUACAAGACAAACUCGGAAGACUGAAAGAAGAACUACACCCAGCAAGAGCACAACAUUUCAGAUCACAGAAUGAAAGACAAACUUCAGUGGCUCCAAUCCAGAAAACAGAAAAAGAAUAAUCAACAGCAGGAUAAACUGAACUACAAUGUGCAAUCUAAUUAUGAACCCUGUUUAUUCAUGAUCCCAUUUCCAGCAGGAAAAGGGUUGAAUUUGAAAUUCUUGCAGCUGUGCACAGCUGUUAACUUACUGUUUCCAUUUGAUUCAUUCAGUACUCUGUUGCUAAGUUGAUUAAUGUCAUUGUCUGUUCUCUACCUAGUCCACUACAUUUUUUGUAUUACACUGGAUUUACAAUGCACUUGCUUGUAUGCUUUAUAUAUAUUUCAAUUAUUUGAUUAUUAUUUUCAUUUACAGUUCAUGCACUGGACAGAUACAAUAUGCACAGCAAUGCAACAUUUGUAUUUUUUGGAAUUUGUCAAAAAAAAGAUUUACGUAUUACGUAUGAGAAUAUCACACAAACACUGUUUUUAACUGAAAAAAUGAAUUGGCCUAUAUACUGUUCAGCUAUAACAUUCAAACCACUGACAGGUGAAGUGAAUAACAUUGAUUAUCUCAUUACAGUGUCACCUGUCAAGGGGUGAGAUAUAUUGGGCAGAAAAUGAACAGUCAUUUCUUGAAGUUGAUGUGUUGGAAGCAGGAAAAAUGGGCAAGCGUAAGGAUGCGAGCGACUUUGAUAAGGGACAAAUUGUGAUGGCUAAAUUGCUGGGUCAGAGCAUCUCCAAAAUGCCAGGUCUUGUGGGGUUUUCCGGUAUGCAGUUUUCAGUAACUACCAAAAGUGAUCCAAGGAAGGAUAACCGGUGAACUGGCGACAGGGUCAUAGGUGCCCAAGACUCACUGAUGCGCAUGGGGAGCGAAAGCUAGCUCGUCUGGUCUGAUCCCACAAAAGAGCUGCUAUAGCACAAAUUGCUGAAAAAAGUUAAUGAUGUCUGUGAUAGAAAGGUGUCAGAACACACAGUACAUCACAGCUUGCUGCGUAUGGGGCUGCAUAGCCGCAGACCUGUCAGAGUGCCCACACUGACCCCUGUCCACCUCCGAAAGCGCCUACAAUGGGCACAUGAGCAUUAGAACUCCACCAUGGAGAAAUGGAAGAAGGUGGCCUUGUCUGAUGAACCACGUUUUCUUUUCCAUUAUGUGGAUGGCCAGGUCCGUGUACAUCGCUUACCUGGCAAUAGAUGGCACCAGGAUGCACUAUGGGAGGAAGGCAAGCUGGUGGAGGCAGUGUGAUGCUCUGGGUAAUGUUCUGCUGGGAAACCUUGGGUCCCGGCAUUCAUGUGGAUGUUACUUUGACACGUACCACCUACCUAAACAUUGUUGCAGACCAAGUACACCUCUUCAUGGCAACAGUAUUCCCUAAUGGCAGUGGCCUCUUUCAGCAAGAUAAUGCUCCCUGCCACACUGCAAAAAUUGUUCAGGAAUGGUUUGAGGAACAUGACAAAAAGUUCAAGGUUGUUCCCCAUAUCUCAAUCUGAUCGAGCAUCUGUGGGAUAUGCUGGACAAACAAGUCCUAUCCGAGGCCCCAUCUCACAACUCACAGGACUUAAAGGAUCUGCUGCUAAUGCCUUGGAGCCAGACACCACAUUACACCUUUAGAGGUCCUGUGGAGUUCAUGCCUCAACGGGUCAGAGCUGUUGGUGGCACAAGGGGGACCUACACAAUAUUAGGCAGGUGGUUUUAAUGUUAUGGCUGAUUGGUGAAUAAUCAGUUGUGAACAUUUAGCUCAAAUUCUAUCAUAUUUUUUUAGCAGAUCUUAAAGUCUAAUAGUCUAUUUCAGUUUCUACAGUUUAGAUGACCUGAUUUUAUAUUAUAUUUUAUGUGACCUUAUUUCAUAUACUGACCUAAAUAAUAAUUUUAAAAAAUGUCUGUAAUUCCUAAAUGAUUAGUGCAAUAUUUUUGUAACCCCUUUAAACCCCUUGAAUUAAAGCUGA